AUGCAAAAGCCUUCGAUUAAGUAUCAAGGAAGAAAAAAACCUAAUCAGCGACUGCAAUUUACUCUUUAUAUGUCAGCAGGUACUUCAGUGACAGAUAAAUGGCCUUCUCCUACUGUCAGUUCGAUGUUCUCGACACUGAGAGAAAAAUGCAAACAGAUUACUCAAGUCUCUUUUUUCAGUGGGAAACAUAAUAAAAAAUUCAAAGAGAUCCUCACUACUUCCGAUGUUGUCCAUAGGCCCUUCACUUCUCAAACCUCUAUUUUUGAUCAUAAUGCGAUGAAUGAUGGUUUACAGAACACAGACAAGCCGGUUUAUAACAUGGUAGUACCUUAUUCAAAAUUUCCACCAUUUGUAAACGAAAUAUUUCCAGUGGAAAAUUUAGAAAUAUGGCAUUUAAAUGCUCCAAAUGGACCUCUCCCUUUGGUGGAUAAAGAAGAAGUAGAAAGCCUAAGACAUUCAUUCGAAAAGCUUAAUAUAGUACAAAUUUCAAUAGUGACAGAGGUUUCCGUGGAAGAAGAAAUUUUUCUGAAGGGUUGUUCAAUACAAAACAUGGAUUCCCGUAUUUCAAAGAAGCUGGUUGAAGUUAAAUCAAUAAAUAGGAUAAAACCAAUGGGUGAAGAAAAACUAAUAAAUAAUGUAAAAUCAUUAAUAAAGGACAGAAUACACAUUACAGAGUUGGAUAAUACUUCUAAAACAUUUCUAUUAAACACCUUCCUGUUAGAGAAAUUUUAUCAUGAAGAAAAUCAGUUUAAGAAAACUGUCAUGAAAUGGUUUGAAGAGCAGAAUAAUCAUCCGAAUUUUUAUGAAAUUCAAUACAUGGUAAGAAAUAAUGUAUCUCCCUCAAUAUAG